AUAUUUGGCGACCAAGAUGAUCGGCUUGUAUCGGACGACUCUGAUCUCAUUACAAUCUCCAAUAAGCUGCGGUUGGUGUCACUCAACGGAGAAGGCAAAGAAGAAGAAAAGAGAAAAGAAGGAAAAAAUUCGGAAUUAGAGAAAUCCGACGAAGAAUUCGCUCGGAUGUUGCAGGUUCUCUGCUAG